GGGUGCCUCCCCAUGAGGACAGGCUGAGAAUAAAACAAUUCAGAGAAAAACUGGGGGCUGCACAAGCAGUAGCAGAAUCACUGACUGAUGAGUAGGUCUCCCAAGCUCACUCUUUGGAAGAUAUGAUUUGUUCAGGGUGUGCCAGUAUGAUGUGUAUACGUGAGCAGGAGACUCCACGUGGGAGCACAGAGACCAAACGAGCAUGCUGGCAUCCCCUUUUAUGAAAUGACUGUAGUGGUGUCCACUGAAAAGCUUCCUUUUCUCUCCAAAGCACAGAAAACUUUUGUUCACAUCUCUGAUGUGUUGCUCCAUGUUUUUCCUGGCUAAGCCUAAAUCCUGUGUCACAUUUACCCCCAUUAGUGUAAUCAAUGGUUUCCAAGACAGAUCAAAUCCACACUUUGUGUGUCAGCCCUCCACUCCGUGUCCCCUGACAUUCUAGGCUCUGUUGUAUGCAGCAGGUGGGAUCCCAAGAGCAGGCUAAGUAGCAGGGGAAGUUUGGCUGGUAGGGUUUUGUUUACAGAGUUUACAGAUGCCAUCGUUUCAUCUCUGGACCAAUGCUUCCUACAGGUACUGGGUUUCCCCUGGUGGCAUUACCUGUUCCGUAGCACAGAUGUGACUCCAUUUGAUUCUGGAGUACCUAGAGUACUCCAAUCCACAGCCUUCCACCAAAGAAAGAUCCUUCCCUUCACCAAACCCCUUCUGGACCUGGGAAUGGCUCUUCUCUGGUAAUUCUGUCCCCUGUAAAUCAGAUGCUUUUGCUCUUGCCCUUCUUUGUCCAGGUUACACUCAAACUUGUCAGGUCUGAAAGUUUAGCUGCAUCUCUCCCUUCCAAGCUCCUCUCAGGCCAGCUGCUUUUCAUUUAGUGCAGAGUGGAACCAUCAGCCACAGGUGUGUACUCGUCCUGCUCCUUGGGGGCCACAACUGAGGCAGGUUGGGUUCUGCUGCCUGUGCUAUAUAAACAGCCCCACAGCACUUGCUGGUUGCUCUGUUGGAGGUUAGGAUGAGCUCAGAACUUCUGAAGAGAGAUGGUAAUCCUGCUGCUUCUGGGGAAAAAAGAUCUAAGAGGAAGCCUAAGAGAAAGGAAGUGUUUUCAGUCUACAUUUACAAAGUACUGAAGCAGGUGCACCCUGACCUGGCCAUCUCCUCCAAGGCCAUGAGCAUCAUGAACUCCUUUGUCAAUGACAUGUUUGAGCACCUGGCCUUGGAGGCCUCACGCCUGGCCCAGUACAGCCACCGUGCCACCAUCAGCAGCCGGGAGGUGCAGACGGCAGUCAGGCUCCUGCUGCCCGGAGAGCUGGCCAAGCACGCCGUCUCCGAGGGCACCAAGGCUGUCACCAAGUACACCAGCAGCAAGUGACCAACAGGGCCCCAGGGAAACCAGCCCAGGGCCAGCUCCUUCUCCUACAGGACUCGGUGUUUGGCCUUAUUCAACAGAAAAAGCAAAACCUCCUGUUGCCUGCCUGCAAAUAAAAAAUGCAUAG